GGAAACUGUAUAUGCUUUUGCACAAUGGUAACAGAACUGUGAUCUGAUUUUGACUAAGAUCAGACCAUAUGAUAACUACAUUGUGAGCUUUGUUGACUGUAGAUAGCUAUUGAAAAGUCCCUUGCAGGCACUACAGUCACGUGUGCCUUGCAUUGGCACUGUCUCGGAGGUUACCUUCGCCGUCUCGUCAUGGUACUCUCAUUAACAAAAGCACCUCAAGCAAAAUAUCACCAAGAUGAGUUUUACGGACGCCCCAUUUUCGCUUCUAGCGCAUCCAUACUCUUCACCUGUUGUAGGGGCAGUGGCGUAUGAAAUGGGCAACACCAACGCCAGGAACGCCGUCGUUUUUGUCGGCGGAUUGACCGAUGGCCCCCAUUCUGUCCCUUAUAUUCGGACCGUCGCUAGAACAUUAGAAGCCUGUGACGAUUUGGACUAUUCUCUAUUUGAGAUUAGAAUACGAAGCUCCUUUAUCGGAUUCGGCACGUCGAGUCUGUUCAACGAUGUCGAAGACAUCUCGUCCCUUGUGACCUAUUUACGCUCUAUUAAUAGAGAGAAAGUUGUCCUUUUUGGUCACUCAACCGGCUGUCAAGACUGUAUGGAAUACACCAACUACAAAAGACACCCCAAGAAUGCUCCAGUCGAUGGUUUUGUUUUGCAAGCUCCAGUUUCUGACCGUGAUGGAAUUGAUAAACUGUUCCCAACCUAUCAGGAGAGUCUCGAUCUGGCAGACAAGAUGAUUGCUUCCGGCCACUCGCAAGACUGCUUACCCCAGGAGAGAGCAGGACCUACCUUGGAUGCUCCUGUUUCUGCGUACCGCUUUAAGUCAUUGAUUGGGAAACACGGCGACGAUGACUACUUUUCGUCUGAUCUCGACGACGAGACCGUCAAGCUGUUCUGGGGCCGAUACAACGUACCGGUGCUAGUACUCCAUUCCGAAAAGGAUCAAUAUGUGCCAGCAGGAGUCAAUCAGACAGCGUUAAACAAGAAGUAUCAGGCAGCAAACCAUUUCGUCAGCCCCUUGUCUUGUGUUGUGCCAGGGGCCAACCACGCGGUGGAAGAACCGGAAGCCCAAGCAUUUUUGUCAAAGAGAGUAGUAGAAUUCCUUAGAGGCUUAGAGAAGUAGGAUGACUCGGCAGAGCUACAAGGAUAUGACGACCGCCGUGAAAGAAAACGUGAUUAUAAAUCUGUCUUAUUAUACGAUGUGAGCGAGGUGUGUGUACUGGCAAGUGGCGGACUUCCGCCGAGAAGACCCUGU